AUGGCCUAUCCGCCAUCCCCGACGCGUCAGGCAGAAGCAUACGAGCUCUCCUCGUACCCCCCUGCCCUCGCUGGCCCCUCUACCCCCACCUCGCGUCCUCGGCGACUCAGCGGUCCUGGACACAGUAGACCCUCGGGUUCCAGCCACAGACCCCGUUCUGUUCGGACCCUCACCCUCCAGAAUACCGACGCCAGUGCCAACGUUCUCUUCUCCGCACCGCACUCGUCUGGGCUAGCCGGUACGACGCCCACGUCCAAGCGUCCGGCCGGGGGUCGGAGGCGGACUAUAUCCCUCCAAGGGAGUCCGGGGAGUCCGCACAGAGGAGCGUGGGCCAACUUCCUCAAUGAAGAUACGGUCCCGAGGGAUACGGUGGGGUAUGAGGACGGAGGUGGAGGUGGGACGCCAGGGAGAACCGAGGAGGUCCAUGUACCUGAUUUUGGGCACAUGCUGGGCUUCAACCCGGAAGAGGAGGAUCACUAUACAGUCGCGAGGGGGAUCAAGGCGGAAUGGAGGAAGAGACUGUAUCUGCUCAUGGAGGAGCCAAGAUCCGGGAGGGAGGCAUUCUUUGUCCAUAUCUUCGUCACGGGCGCUAUCCUCUUCAGCGUGGUACUCACCACCCUCUCCACGCUACCCACCUUCCACCUCCACCCGACCUCCAUCCAAACCCUCUUCGGCCUAGACACCACCCUCGUCGUCCUCUUCACCAUCGAGUACCUCGCUCGGUGUCUCGCGCACGCCGACUCGGCCCGCUCCUUCUGGGCAUGGUUUACCUCCUUCUUCCCGCUCCUCGACCUCCUCGCUAUCCUACCAUACUACAUCGAAGUCGCACGCGAAGAAGACACCAGCAUCCUAUUCCGGUUUACCAUCCUCCGGACAUUCCGGCUUCUCCGCGUUUUCCGGGCCUUCAAGUAUCAGAAUCAAAUGCUUCUGACUAUUGAGGUCAUGUACGUUGCCGUGCAGCGGAGUAAGGAUGCGCUGGGCGCCAUCUCAUUCUUCAUCCUUCUGGUGCUCGUGCUCUUCUCGACACUGAUUUACUUUGCCGAGAGGGGAACGUGGGACGCCAAUGUGGGGGCGUUCUUGGAUGCCGAUGGGGAUCCGAGUCUGUUUGAUAGUAUCCCGCAGACGGCGUGGUUUGCGCUUGUGACUAUGUCGACAGUGGGAUAUGGGGAUGUAGUCCCUCGAUCAUUCCUCGGCAAACUCCUCACCAUGCCACUCCUCCUAUUCGGCCUCCUCCUCAUCGCUCUCCCAAGUUUCGUUCUGGGCCGGAACUUUGCGAUCGUCUUUGACGCAAUGACAGCACAGACCGCUCAGAGACAAGUAGGUCCGGUAGCGACCUCGUGCUACGACCGCCCUCUACUUCCCUCUCACUCCAACGAGACACUCUCCGUCUUACCACCCUACUCCCACAAUGCUACAGCCGGACCCAGCCGUACUGGUAGGUCAGCGCCGAUAAGCGGCGCAGCAAGCAGCGUUGGGAGCGUCAGCUCGAGGAUGCCCUCGGCAGCUCAGGGGGCUACGGGGCUGGGAUUGCGGAUGGGCGAUGGGGGGCAGAGGGGGUCCGAGAGGGACCGAGAACGAUCGGAAGGGAGGGAUCUGACCAAUAUCAAAUUGGCCAAGAAUCAACUGGUUCUGCUGGAGGAGAUAGGGUCGCUUAGAAGGGUCAUUGAUCGGCAGGGUGAAGUCCUCGCGCGCCUAAUUGCGCUCGCCGAGGGCCGAGAGGGCGAUGCAGGCGGAUCGAGCGCAAGAGGCAAGGAAACGGGAGAAUCGACAGUUCAGCUGGACAGACACGCGUCGCCUCUUCCAAUACCUGUUCCUUCACAUUCAGUCAGCGCUGGGGAUGGUCAGUUUUCAAUAGGAAGCGAGGACGAGAAGUCUGGGAUCUCUUGA